AUGCCUAUGUGCUUGUUACUUGGCGCUUCGCUGUUUGUCCUGGUCUUGACCUUUUCUCUUCUUCGUGCAGCCAUCUCGCCCCUCCGCCGGCUACCUGGUCCGGCUCUCGCGCGCUUCACGCGUCUCUGGUAUUUCAAGGCUGCUGCAAGCCGAAGAUUCGAACAUGUAAACAUCAGACUGCACCAGCAGCACGGCAUACUAAUCUUCGUAGGAUCGAUCGUCAGGAUUGCUCCGAACCAGUACUCCCUUGAUGAUCCCGAGGCUGUCAAAGUCAUCUACGGUCAUGGGACAGAGUUCAUCAAAUCGCCUUGGUAUAGUGCAGCCGUUGCACCAGGACAAUCACAUGAUCUCUUUGCGGAACCGAAUCCCAAGAUCCAUGCUGCCAACCGCCGCAAAGUUGCAUCUUUGUACUCGACGAGCAACCUGCUCAAAUUUGAACCUUACGUCGACACAUCAGUUGGGAUUUUCGUGGAACAGAUGCGUGAGCUUGGGAGACGUGGCGACAUCUUCGAUCUACAACACUGGCUUCAAUGCUAUGCAUUCGAUGUUAUCGGUCUCAUAACCUUCAACAAGCGGUUUGGUUUCAUGGACGAAGGGGAUGAUAGGGGCCUCUUUGCUAAUUUACAUUCUUAUUUGAUCUAUGUGACCCACGUCGGGAUCUUCAACGAGUUCCACAAGCUUAUCUAUUGGGUCAAAAGCAAACUUGGCUCCUCUGGGCGCAGCUACAUGGUUGAUUUCGCCCAAGCCGAACUACGCGAUGCUAGCACAGCCGCAGAAGGCAACGAGAAGCUGGCUGGCCGGGAGGACUUCGUUGCUAAAUUACUUCGGUCGCACUGGCAGGAUCCAGCAGGGUUCCCUAUGGCCAAGGUAUUCGCCACCGCCAUCACCAAUGUCGGCGCCGGGUCCGACACAACCUCGGUCAGUCUGUCCGGAGUCCUCUAUCACCUGAUGCGGACGCCAGAAUGCUACAACAAGCUUCGUGCCGAAAUCGACAACGCAGCGGCCACGGGAAAAGCCUCGAAUCCUAUUCAAUAUCAUGAAGCACAAGCCUUGCCGUACCUACAGGCCUGCAUCAAAGAAGGCCUGCGCAUGCAUCCAGCGACUGGCCUCCCGCUAGCUCGAGUCGUGCCAGCCGGGGGCGCUACCCUAGCAGGCACGUACUUCCCCGCCGGAACCGUCGUGGGCAUCAAUUCCUGGGUCGCUCAUCACAACAAAGCCGUCUUCGGCGAAGACGCAGCGCAAUUCCGACCCGAGCGCUGGCUAGACGAGCCCGAACGUGUUUCCAAGAUGGAUCGUUACUACAUGCCUUUUGGUGUUGGCAGUCGAACAUGCAUCGGCCGUAAUAUCAGCCUACUGGAGAUCUCCAAGCUCAUUCCAGAGCUCAUCCGGAACUUUGAUUUUUCACUAGCCUAUCCGAACGAGAAACUCGAGACGGAGAAUCUUUGGUUUGUCAAGCAAACGAACCUGUUAUGCCGUGUUCGUGAACGUAUGUAA